CAUCUUUCUUCCCACCAAACACACAUAGCUGUCGACAUCGCAUUUGGCAGGGCUCCUAUUCACCAGUCCAGCAAAAGGAAAGAACCGUCGCUUCGGCUUGAGAGUCUCAGGUAUGGGUCGAUUCGGCUUCCGGAAAAGCAAUUACCGGCCUUCCGUCGUUUUCCCAUGUCCGAGAUCACCGGAAACCUUAUGCUAAGUUCCUCACCCAAUCCCUGUCGGUGUAAAAUCCUGAUAGUUUGGGCUCACAGGUUUCAUUCUCUCAAAACAACACACGGAAAGCAACAACAGAAGCAGCUAUGAGUUUGACUGAGAUUCUGGAAGCCACUCUCAAUGUGGGGGCGGAACGCGAGAAGGCGGAGGCCCAUCUCAAUGGCCUUGCGGACCAGGACUUUCCCAGGUUCCUGUCCCUGAUGUGCACAGAAUUCGCCAAUGAGCAGACCAAGGAGCACGUUCGUCUUGCAGCGGCACUUCUGAUCAAGAAUGCCAUCUCUGCAAAGGAUCCUCUCAAAAAGGAGCAGCUUGCGAGCCGCUGGCUUGCCUCGGACCCUGGGAUGCGGACGGCCGUUAAGGGAGCUGCUUUGAAUGUGUUGAACAGUCCCGCCAAGUCCGCAUCAAAUGGUGCCACCCAGGUUAUCCAAGCCAUCGCUGAAGUCGAGCUUCCACAAAAUCAAUGGCCAGACCUUAUGCCCAUCAUGCUGGAUAACGUCACAAACCCCGCUAAGGCGGCCAACACGGACCUGAAAAAGGCCACACUGAAGGCAAUCGGUCUUGUCUGUGAGGCUGUCGAUCCCAACGUCCUUACGCAAUACGCCAACCCUAUAUUGACGGCGGUCUGCUCGGGAGCCACUCCCCAAGCCGACCCUGCACUCCGUGAAACUGCUUUGAACGCAUUGCUGAACGCCUUGGAAUUCGUGAAGAGUAAUUUCGAACACGCCGGCGAGCGGAAUUUCAUCAUGCAAGUCGUUUGUGAAGCGUGUAAGACAGAGCCGGAAGAAGUGCAAGUUGCUGGGUUUGAGUGCCUGGUGAAGAUCAUGUCCCUCUACUACGAACACAUGGAGCAGUACAUGCAACAAGCACUCAGCCAGCUGACCCUUUGGGGAAUGACCAGCGAAACGGAGGAAAUCGCUCUGCAGGCCGUUGAGUUCUGGUCGACAGUCUGCGAGGUGGAGAUCGAUAUCGAGGAAGAGAACGCGUAUGAGGACGACGACACGGAGCGACCAAAUUUCCGCUUUGCUACGGUAUUCGUCAAGGAGUUGGUAGAUGCGCUAUGGUUCCUCAUGACCAAGAAGGAGGAGGACGAUGAUGAGGACGACUGGAACGUUUCCAUGGCCGCCGCGACAUGCUUGUCGCUCCUCGCGCAAGCGACCCAUGAUGCGGUGAUUGAACCAAUUCUGAAGUACAUUCAGCAGCACAUUACCGGCGCUGAUUGGCGGCACAGAGAAGCGGCAGUGACCGCUUUCGGAUCCGUCCUGGAGGGGCCUAGCCCAGAGGGCCUGACCAGCGUUGUAGCGCAAGCUCUUCGGGUCCUCAUCCCGUUGAUGAAGGAUGAAAAGGACCAAGUAAAAGACUCGACGGCGUGGACCCUUGGACGUAUCUGCGAGCUUCACCCUGAGGCCAUCGGCCCCGAAUUCAUUCAACCGGUGAUUUCGGUCUUGUUGGAAGGGCUGAGGGAGAAGCCGCGGAUCGCUUCGAACUGUGCAUGGUCUCUCAUGAACUUUGGCGAGAGCAUUCGCGGGAACGGUGAACCUACGUAUGUCUUGUCUUCCUUCUUCCCGACUAUCAUCGAGGCGACAAGCAGUGCCGCAGACAGCUCUACCGAUCCCAACUUCAAAGCGAGCUGUUACGAGGCCCAAUCCUCCCUGGUCCGCAACUGUGCUCAGGACUGCUUACCAACAGUGAAAACUCUAUCGGAAUUGAUUCUGGAUCGCCUGCAACAAACCAUCCAGAUGCAAAACCAGCUUUUGACCCAGGAUGACCGGCAAAACCAUUAUGAGUUGCAAUCGAAUCUAUGCGGUAUCCUCGGAGCAUGCAUUCGCCGUCUUGGAGCCGGAGUCAUACCCCUGGCCGACCAAGCCAUGCAAGCCCUUCUCGUUGUGAUGACAUCCGCUUCUAGGUCGUCGACCGUGAUGGAGGACACAUUCCUCGCGAUCAGCAGCUUGACUGGUGCUUUGGAAAGUCACUUCCUACGGUACAUGGACGCAUUUGCCCCGCAACUGUUCGCCGCCCUGCAGAAUGUUGAGGAACCCCAGAUGUGUUCGAUCGCUGUAGGCGUCGUGGGGGAUCUCACCCGUGCGUUGGGCGAGCAGUUCCUACCUUACUGCGAGCCCAUCAUGAACCUCUUGAUGGCGGGCCUGCAGAAUGCCAACCUGGACAAGAGCGUCAAGCCCUCAAUCCUCUCCACAUUCGGAGAUAUUGCUCUUGCUAUUGGCGCCCACUUUGAGGCGUACCUUUAUCUGACAAUGGCCAUCCUACAGCAGGCGGGAGCUAUGGCAGAUACCGCGAUUAAAUACGACUUGGACUAUGGAAGCAAAUUGCGGGAAAGCAUCAUCGAAGCGUACGUGGGGAUCACACAGGGAUUGAAAACCGCGGGCAAACCCCAACUCCUGGCAGAUGCCCGAGCUGCGCCCCACAUCUUCGCCUUCGCACAGGCUGUUGCCGAAUCCGAGAGAACCGUCGAGGUCACCAGCGGGCUCGUUGGGCUCAUUGGCGAUCUCGCGGACACUUUCCCUCCGGGACCAUUCCGUCCCAUGUUCGCCGCCGAAUGGAUCCAAAGCUUCCUCCGCAGCGUCAAGACCGACCAAUCUCUCGACCUCGACACGAGGAGAACCGCCAAAUGGGCUCGCGAUGCCGUCCGUCGUCAAAUUCAAUGAUCACGCGCCCCGGUGCAACACGGUCGUCGUCGGCUAGCGCUUAUGGAACCGCACGGAAAUCUCAUCGGUCGCCGUCGGCCACGCGAUCAAAGCCAUGUUGGUCUGAGACUGCCUGAUCUGAGCUCAAAUGCCGUGACUCACGAAAGGGAACGGAAUCGAAUUGACCAGUGCAUAGUACAU